GAUCUUUCUUACCUGCGAGGAUGCAAACACGUUCAUAACGCAAGUUUUCGUAUUUUUUUCCAAAGUGAUCAUCGAUAUCACGUCGUGUUGACCCGGGACAUCGAUCUGGUGUGAUUAGUCGUUAUCCGAUUCGGGUUCGAAUUUGGCACAGAUAAACCAACACACACGCCUGCUCACAGGUUGUUCCGCUUCUUCAUCCACCCCGCCAUGCCCAAACGUGUACCCACACCCCCGCCAGGCGAUGACGAGCCUAAGUACCUCUCCGUCGUCCAUCCUUAUGCCCGAGAAGGCUACUGCAACAUGGAACUCCAGCAGGACAGGAAAGACUUCGCCUUCUGGGUUGCAUGUUGCAUCGACAAAGAUGCCUUCUUCGCCAUAUUUCACAAACCUAGCGCUCGCGAUAUGGUCAUAAUCGAAGUCAGUAGAGAUUACCCGCAUUUCGAUCGGAUUUUAGGGGAACACCGCUGGUCUGAGUUCUUGAACAAGCCCUCCGUGGAGGAAAAGGGCCGCGUAACUCAGGUAUACUAUUGCACCUACAGUACCGGUCGCAUCGUUGAGAAGUACGGCUGGAAACGCAUUUUCGUGGAAGACUCGUGGUUCAGCGGUUGGUCGCCCAGGAACAGCAUCAUUGCUUACCCCUACCCUGCUCCCCACUUCUGUGAAGUACCAGUCGAAGAUGCCACGAACCAUCCCUUGUGUAGGCCGCUUCCAGGGUCUAAGCCAGCUGCCCCCGAAAUAGCAGCACCCAAGCCUAUUGUAGGAUCUGCUGACUGGGCUACUUCAAGGGAGCGUCCAGCGACAAGGUCCGCGCCCGCCUGGAAUACCAUUGCUGCCAAAGGGUCAACCAACCAACAAGGUGCUCCGAAGCCGGCCGUGCCCCCUACAAAUAGCAAGAUAAAACAGCCUGCCAGCACUCCAGUAGGAAACAGCCGGGCCAAGGUUCCCGCUGUCGGGGGUGGUCCCCUCGUGGUUAAGGCCUCCAAUGUUUGGCGAGCUGAUGUCGGGCAGGGUGUAAAUCCUUCUAAAGUAGUCCCACUUAACUGGGAAUGUUCGCCUGGAAGUUCUAGACAGGGCACUCCAGAGCAACGGGAGUCCGCGGCCUCAAGUUCAUCUACGUUUGUCAACCAGCCUCCCACAGGUCUUCCUUCAAAAGAAAAUGCCUGGAACACUGGCCAUCCUGGUCUGGUUGUAUCCGAUCAUCGCGGCAAAACCACAAAGCCCGUGUCUGCGCCGAGUGGUGCUCCAUUCGUGCCCGAUCGUACCACGAAUGCGAGCUGCUCUUCUACCGGUUCCUCUCCCUCCGUGUCUACCCCCGAUACCGAAUCUGGUUGCAACGAUGUCUGUAAAGACCCGCGCAUAGUCCACAUCCAGAUAUCAGAGAGCUUCGAAGAAGAAUUCCAUGGGAUCGGCAUCAGGGAAGGCGGUGAAAUCAGUGAUGACGAUGAGUACCUUGCCGAACUCGACGCGGUUGCGCCCGGAAGUUUGGAUACUGCCGCCGGCACGUGGGACGGUGUCGAUCCGCAGCCUACUGGUAGUUGGGAUGAUGCCGCUGUGUCUCAGCAGGAACCACAAAAGAAAGAGGUGUGCAGUGUCCACGGCGUCAUCUGUAAGAAAGGAAUUUGCGCGGAGCAUGGGAAGAAAAAAGCUGCUGCGAAGAGAUUGCAAAAGGCUGAGGAGGCUGCGAAACAGAAGCAGGAAAAGACGGGUAAGAAGGGCAAAGCGCCCGCUGGCAAUGGUGCCAGAAGCAGAGGUGGCGGACCUACUACCAGUGCCAACGCUCAGAACAGCCCAUACCGCGGAGCGGGUGCUCCUGUAAAGAAAAAUUGGCGCGGUGCUCCUCGUGCUAUUGUCUCUCCCGCUGCUUUGGAGCAGAGAGAAGCGGCUACACAACCUGUUGAAAAUGCCAAUGGAUGGGGCGAUGAUGAAGUUGACGCGGCUGAUGGAUCAGACGAACCGACUACGCAGAACACAGAGACGGCCUCUGAUGUUGCCUCGAACGACGGCUGGAACGCGUCGGAGGCCAGUUAUGACCCCUGGGCACCCACGAAGAAAGGAAUGUCCUGGGCGGAGGAAGUGGAGGCUGCCAGUGCCGCUGGUAGCGAUGGUGGAGGUCGUUCUGGUGUCCGAGCGAAGCGCGGUCGAGGUGCACGCCGCGGCAGGAAGUAAUUCAUUCGGACACUCCAGAUACCCAUCAAUCAUCGAGGACUCUCCAGUACCCUUUCUUCAAGCUGUAUUACCAUUCCGACUCUUUCACGAAAAGUCAUCAA